UAGCAACCAGCCUCUGAACCCGGAAGUACUUCCGUAUGCUUCAGCUAACUAGCCAUGGGCUGUUCUGGGGUACGAAAGAGUAAAAAUAAAGUUUGUAAUGAUUAAAAGUAUGAGGACAGGUACUGUUCAGGUGUUUUAUACCCUUGUCCGGUAAUUUGAAGGUUAGGAGCCAGUUCUGUCGCCGAUAUGAGAGGAGGGAGAACUGUAUGCUAUGAAAAUGAUUUUGUUAAGGCAGCGUGACAGGCAACGAUAAGCUUGUGAAGUUAUGCUGAGGGUAUGGAAAGUUUAAUUAAUUGUACUGAAGAACAGCAGCCUACUUCUGUGAUGACCAACUCCUGGUCCAAUCAGGAAGCAUGCAGGAGUCAAAAGGCAAAAUGUGCUGGGGGAUUUGUCCUUGUGCAUGCAGGAGCAGGUUACCACUCUGAAUCUAAGGCAAAGGAAUAUAAGCAUGUGUGUAAAAGAGCCUGCCAGCGGGCUGUAGACCAAUUGAGAGCAGGUGCACUUGCAGUGGAAGCUGUGACUGCUGCCCUGGUUGAACUAGAGGACUCUCCUUUUACAAAUGCUGGCAUGGGCUCCAACCUUAAUCUGUCGGGGGAAAUUGAAUGUGAUGCAAGUAUCAUGGACGGGAAGUCGCUUCAUUUUGGCUCAGUUGGAGCCAUCAGUGGUAUAAAAAACCCCGUCUUAGUUGCAAGCUGCCUCUUGACUGAAGCACAGAAAGGGAAGCUCUCAGCAGGCAGAAUACCACCCUGCUUUUUGGUGGGGCGAGGAGCACAUGAUUGGGCAGUGGGACAUGGAAUACCUCCAUGCCCUUCAGAGAAAAUGGCAACAAAGUUCAGUUUAUCUGCAUACAAGAGGAACAAGCGAAAGAUGGAGCUAGCAGAGAAAAUGGACACAGGACAAAACCAGACAAAGAAAAGACGACAAUCAAGUGAAAACGAAAACGGCUCAGGGUGCCUUGACACAGUCGGAGCUGUUGUGGUCGACUCAGAGGGGAACGUGGCUGCAGCUGUGUCCAGUGGAGGCCUAGCUAUGAAACAUCCUGGAAGGGUUGGCCAGGCUGCUCAUUAUGGAUGUGGCUGCUGGGCUGAAAACGUCUGUAACAUGAACUCUUACUCUACAGCAGUGAGUACCUCAGGGUGUGGAGAGCAUCUGAUUCGCACCAUGCUGGCUCGGGAAUGCUCCGCUGCCAUGCAGUCUGAAGAUGCCCACCAAGCGCUGCUGGAGGCUAUGCAAAACAAGUUCAUCAGCUCACCGUUUCUAGCCAGUGAAGAUCGUGUUCUGGGUGGAGUUAUUGUCUUGAGAUGCUGCAGAUGUGUGGAAGCACAGCCAUCUCCAAAUAUUCAAGCUGCAAUGGUGGAGUUCCUGUGGAGUCACACCACAGAGAGCAUGUGUGUUGGCUACAUGUCUGCCCAGGACAGCAAAGCAAAGACUCACAUAUCCAGAUUGCCUCCUGGAACGGUUCCUGGCCAGUCUUUGGCCAUCGAGGGAGGGGUGUGUCGGCUGAUGGGCAUCGUGGAUUGAACCGCUUUCCCUCUUCCCUCUCUCUUCUUCGGGGCUUCCUUAGCAAUACUCCUAUACAUACUCAGACAAUGCACAUACAUGCACUCACAAAUAUGAACAGCAUCCCUAACUUCCCACAACCUUUGCGAUGCCAGAGAUAAUAAGCUUUCUUUGUUUGAACAGGUGUUCAGGAAGAAGUGAUGAGCGAUAGCUACUACUUAGUGCACUUAUAAGACUUCCCUUUGCCGUUGCCGGCCUCCAGUAUGCAUUCUAUGCCAGUUUACCCUCCAAGCUCUCCAGUGUCACCUGGAAUAAACUUGAUGCAUCAUUAUAUUGAUGUACCAUUACUUUUCUUUGAUACUUUGUCCCCCCAGAUAAUUAAUACAUCCCUGCAUUUUGUACACAAGCUAUAAUCUAGGGAAACAGGGUGGAUGUUAUAUUGUGUUGCAGAAGAGAUGUGACUAUUUUCACAUUUUUAUAAAUUUCAAAUCCAGGAUAUUUUUUGUUUUCAAACAACAAUAAAUGAAAUAUGUAAAAGUGCACCUUUUGAACUGUCUGCUACUCAAGAUUUGUGCUUGCAAUAAUUUAGAGCCUUGGGGUUUUAACAAUAAUAAAAAAUGCAUUAGUUUGUUAUGUAACCACCUGUACUGUUAAGACUCCAGCAUUAUUUAAAAUAGAGCAUAAUGCUUAUUUUCUAUCAUUUCAGGCAUUGAAUGUUUUGCUUCUUUUAUAAAAUGUGCAUAUAUAAAUACUGCAUGUCUAGAAUGAGCUACUUUCUCUUACCCUGUAGUUA